CUGGGUGUCGGGGGAGGACGGGGGCAGGCUCAUAGGAAUGCUACGUGUCUUGGAAGUCCCUUUUAAACCCCCCUACUCUAGUACGCUUUAACCCGAAAGUUUUUCCUUCCAUUAAGCGGUGGAGUCCUCCAUCCAGACCGGCAGUUGCAGCAGUCCGAGUCCGGGAAACCAGCGGUGCAACCGGCGUAGCCUUCGAAAGAAUGUCCGGAUUGAAAAAGCUUCGCACGGAUCUCAACAGGUCCACUAAUGUGGUCUACCAGGCUCACCAUGUGAGCAGAAGCAAAAGAGGACAGGUCGUCGGCACGAGAGGAGGAUUCAGAGGCUGCACCAUCUGGCUCACCGGCCUGUCUGGAGCUGGUAAGACCACCAUCAGCUUUGCCCUGGAGGAGUUCCUGGUUUCUCACGCCAUUCCAUGCUACUCACUGGAUGGAGACAACAUCCGGCAUGGCCUGAAUAAGAAUCUGGGCUUUUCCGCUGAAGAUCGAGAGGAAAACAUUCGCCGUAUUGCAGAGGUGGCCAAGCUCUUCGCAGAUGCCGGUCUGGUUUGCGUCACAAGUUUCAUCUCGCCUUUUGCCAAGGACCGAAUUGAAGCUAGAAAAAUCCAUGCAAGUGCAGGACUUCCAUUUUUUGAGGUCUUUGUUCAUGCUCCAUUGGAGGUGUGCGAGAGCAGAGACGUUAAAGGUCUUUACAAGAAGGCCCGUGCUGGAGAGAUCAAAGGGUUCACUGGGAUUGACUCAGAUUACGAGCGCCCAGAGGUCCCUGAUCUGGUGCUCAAAACCGGGGAGCUCACAGUGAACGAAUGUCUUCAGCAAGUGUUGGAGCUGCUUCAGGAAAAGAGCAUUGUGCCGAGCGAGAUCAUGGAGGAGCUGAAUGAACUGUUGGUUCCUGAGAACAAACUGAGUCUGGCUUUGGCUGAUGCUAAUACACUGCGCACCAUCAGCAUCAACAAGCUGGAUCUCCAGUGGGUUCAGGUGCUGUCCGAGGGCUGGGCCAGUCCUCUGAAGGGCUUCAUGCGGGAGCGAGAGUACCUCCAAGUCCUGCACUUCAACAACCUAUUGGAUGAUGGAGCCAUCAACUUGUCUGUCCCCAUCGUCCUGCCCGUGAGUGCUGAGGUGAAGCAGGAGCUGGACGGCUGCGCUGCCGUUGCUCUGGAGUACCAAGGUUCACGUGUGGCCAUUCUUAGAAACCCAGAGUUCUUCCCACAUCGCAAAGAGGAACGUUGUGCCAGGCAGUGGGGCACCAACUGUCCUCAACAUCCAUAUAUAAAGAUGGUUAUGGAAGGAGGCGACUGGCUUGUUGGUGGUGACUUGGAAGUCCUUGAGCGAAUCAAGUGGAAUGAUGGUCUGGAUCAGUACCGUCUAACUCCGAAUGAGCUCAAGCAGAAGUUUGAUGAGAUGAAAGCAGACGCAGUGUUUGCUUUUCAGCUGCGUAACCCUGUGCACAAUGGCCACGCUCUGCUGAUGAAAGACACCAAGCGGCGCCUCCUGGAGCGAGGAUACAAGAACCCCGUUCUCCUUCUGCACCCGCUCGGUGGUUGGACGAAAGAUGACGACGUUCCCCUGGAUUGGAGAAUGAAGCAACACGCUGCUGUGCUGGAGGAUGGCGUCCUGGACCCAAAAAGCACCAUAGUAGCCAUCUUCCCCUCACCUAUGAUGUAUGCGGGACCCACAGAGGUUCAGUGGCACUGCAGGGCGAGAAUGGUCGCAGGAGCCAACUUCUACAUCGUCGGUCGAGACCCCGCUGGCAUGCCACAUCCAGAGACCAAACAAGAUCUGUAUGAUCCAACGCAUGGCAGCAAGGUCCUCACCAUGGCCCCCGGGCUGACCUCUGUGGAGAUCAUCCCCUUCAGGGUCGCUGCCUACAACAAGUCCAAGCAGGCGAUGGACUUCUACGACAAAGAAAAACAUUCUGAGUUCGAGUUCAUAUCUGGUACCAAAAUGCGAAACUUGGCACGCAAUGGUGAGAACCCCCCGGAUGGUUUCAUGGCUCCCAAGGCCUGGAAGGUGCUGGUGGAGUACUACAACUCUCUGCAGAAGGACAACUGAUCAGCACAAGAAAACAUCGAGACUGCCUGCAGGAUGAUUUUAUUUAGUGUCCUGAUUUUUACCUUAAAUUUAUUUACAUUAUUCCUUUUCUCAUCAUGAAAAACUAUAACACUGCUUUUUAAACAUGUCUUAAGCAAUAUAAUCAUUCCACACAAAUACAUUGUAUAAUAUCAUACUUAUUAACUUAAUGUAAUAUUUCUAAAAUUAAACAUGAGAUUUUUUCUACAGAUCAUUUUAAAGGUCUACCACAUCCCAUGAAAGGGAAAUCAUCUUUUAUAUUUAUUUGUAAGAUCUGAAGGAGCUAUAAAUAUAUAUGUAUAGAUUCAACUUUUUACUUGCUUUUUUUAUGACAGCACAGCUAAUGUAGUUCCUAUAUUAAUGAGAUACUGCAAUAUGAUGAUGACCUACAGUAAUCUGCCUGUUGGUAUCACCGAAUAAUUGUGACUUUCUCCAUGUAGACAAAGGAAGUGCAUUCUUUUAAAAUGUGAAAAUUCUUUAUCAAAUUAAAAAGGAUAAAGUCUGAAUGUCUUUGUGACACAUGGUCAAGUGGCAAACUGCGGCAAUAAAUUUGUAUCAUGGUUAA